AUGACGUUCGAGCUGCCGUUUGAGCUUUUCGCUCGUGUGUUGUUGGCGCUGCUAUCAGAUGUGGGUAACACUACCAUCGCAAGGGCAUUCCCAUGGGCAGAUGAACAGCUGUGCAGGUGUGGCUUUAAAGCGUUGGGAGCCACCAGCCAGACAUGCAUCCGCAACAAGCGGGCAGUUUUGGUUGCGGAUCUUUGGGGCAAAGCCGCCGGAAUGGUUUUGUGGCCUCCAAGUCACGUCGAUACUGCUGCAUCCCGCUCCUUGGCACAGCGGCUUCAGGCAUCAGGCUCUUGUUGCCGAUACUUGAUUAUCAAUUGCAUGGCAUUGGAGUAUGGAGAACUCACUUGGCUGUCUAGAUGCUGCUGUUCAGUGGAGAUGCUGCAGUUGCGCUUCUUUGGUCCCGAAAGCUUUUCAUCCAACAUGGAAUGGCUGGAUGCAUGGUCUCAUUCCUUGAGGAGGUUGAGCAUUCAGUUCUGGUAUGAUGAUUGCUUGGGAGCGCCACCAAUCCAGGAAGUCACGCAAUAUAUUUGUCGUUCCUGUAGAUCUUUGGAGGCGCUGUGGCUGAAAGGCAUUGAUUGGCCAAAAGCACGGAUACAGAUAGCAGCAGCUAUCAAGAAUGAGCUGCUUGGAGCUGGAAAAUGCUUACGUAGAUUGUCGCUGGAGGGUUCGCAACCAUGGCCUGACGACGAGAUUAAUGUAAUGCGCGCGGCCGGGCUUGUAGUAGAAGUUUGCCUUCUAUCCGAUCGAACUCGGUGA